GUCGCUUCCUCGUGCCAGCAAGAUGGCGGUACGCGUGGUGCUGUCAGCAUGUCGCCGGGCCGUUUUCAGUGGAAUUCCAGCUCACAGCUUGCGCAUCACUACUUGGCCCAGCCACACAACUCGAUUCUGCCCCUUACUGUGCAGAAACUAUGCUGCGGAGGCUAAAAAGACUUACCAAAGAGACAAGCCUCAUGUGAAUAUCGGCACGAUUGGACAUGUGGAUCAUGGGAAGACCACACUUACGGCUGCAAUUACUAAGAUCCUGGCAGAGGCUGGUGGAGCCCAGUUUAAGAAAUAUGAAGAGAUUGAUAAUGCCCCUGAAGAGAAGGCUCGUGGCAUCACCAUUAAUGCAUCACACGUGGAAUACACCACGGCCAAUCGGCAUUAUGCGCACACUGAUUGCCCGGGGCAUGCGGACUAUGUAAAGAAUAUGAUCACUGGCACAUCUCAAAUGGAUGGCUGUAUCCUGGUGGUUGCUGCAACAGACGGACAGAUGCCACAGACCCGUGAGCACUUACUGCUAGCUAAACAGAUUGGCGUGAAGCACAUUGUUGUGUUUAUUAACAAGGCUGACGCAGUAGAUGACAAGGAAAUGUUGGAUCUUGUGGAGCUGGAGGUGCGAGAACUGCUGACCGAAUUUGGAUACGAUGGCGAGAACACACCAGUGAUUACAGGAUCUGCUCUCUGUGCACUAGAGAAUAAAAAUCCUGAUAUUGGCUUGAAUUCCAUCAUGAAACUGCUCGAUGCUGUGGAUACUUACAUUCCAGUUCCCCCUCGAGACCUAGACAAACCCUUCCUCCUUCCAGUGGAAGCCGUCCAUUCUAUUCCAGGCCGGGGGACAGUGGUGACAGGAACUUUGGAAAGGGGAACAAUCAAAAAAGCAGAUGACUGUGAAUUUGUUGGUCGUAACAAAUAUAUCAAGUCUGUGGUUACAGGCAUCGAGAUGUUCCACCAAAACUUGGAACGUGCGGAGGCUGGAGAUAACUUGGGAGCUCUUGUUAGAGGGUUAAAGAGAGAGGAUGUACGGCGAGGGAUGGUUAUGUGCAAACCAGGCUCCAUCAGACCCCACCAGAAGAUCCAGGCUCAGGUGUAUAUCCUUAGUAAGGAAGAAGGAGGGCGCCACAAGCCUUUUGUCAGUAAUUUCUUGCCUGUGAUGUUCUCUUUGACUUGGGAUAUGUCCUGUCGUGUUACACUUCCACCUGGGAAGGAAAUGGUGAUGCCUGGAGAGGAUUCAACUCUGACAUUAACUCUUCGUCAACCCAUGGUCUUAGAAACCGGUCAACGUUUCACCCUGAGAGACGGAAACAAGACAAUCGGCACCGGGAUUGUGACCGACACCUUGGAGAUGACACCAGAAGAUGAUAUAAAUUGGGGGGGCUGAACCCAACAAACUGAACUUAUAGUAAAGAAGGAGGUGUGUGUUUACUGCAUGGGAAGCGUAAACCAUAGCUGCAGUGAUAAGUGCGUACACGACUCCCCUCCAGCACCUCAAGCUCUUUUCCUCUGUAAAAUAACCCUUUCCUCAAUAAAUGAGCUUUGGCACUUGGUUGUAA